UUCCAGUAGGAAUUCAAAAAGAACGUACUAUAGAGUAUAAUUGACAAAUAAAUAUGGCUGCCAUGAUGUCAUCAACUGAAAACCAGCGAUAAAAAAAGUCACGAAGAAACAGAAAGUCAGCAACUGACUCUAUAGCCUGGAAGCUAUAGAUAGGAACAGAUUUUAACAGUGGAUGGCAACCAAUGAGAAUCAAUACUCCUACGCCGGGUCUGAAUAAUAAGAGGGUAUUGCCCUUCCUUAUAAAGUUCAUGCCUUUUAAAGACCUGAUUUGCACCAAAACCCGAUCGCGCUGGAACAUAAAAUUCUUCUUUAUAGAAUACAGGUGACUAGUAUCGUCUAUAAAAACACAUUGAGAGCACAAGUCACUAAUUUGGAAUUAGUCGGCACAAGGCCAUUUCAGAACACAAAUCAUUUAAGAAUGAAUUCGACGACACAKCUAAGAGAUAUGGCCGAUAUGAACGCUACUACUAAAGGUUGCACAGCCGCCGAGACUGACUCUACACAAGUAAAAGCCAUUAAGACAGUWCUUUUGUCAUUGAUAAUGGUAUUUGCACUGGCUGGAAACAUCUUCAUCAUUGUUACAGUCAUCAAAAAGAAGGCGAUGAGGAAAACAACAAACUUUUUCAUCGCCAACAUGGCAGCCUCUGAUAUGUUYAUUGCAGCGGUCGUCAUUCCAAGAGUUCUAACGGAGCUUCACGUCGGGAACUGGCGCUGGCUUCUUGACGGUGUGUUAGGSUCCAUAUCCUGCAAGUUUUGCUUCUUCCUGACUGACUUCUCUAUCUGUAUCUCAAUCUUAAGUCAUGCUGUUAUUGCGUUUGAUCGUUUCUGGGCAAUUGUGUACUCGCUAAGACCUUCUCUAAUAACUCCAGCACGACGAAAAUACAUCAUCGCUGUGAUAUGGUUUUUUAGCUUCUGCCUUCACUCACCUACACUCUACGCUCGUCGACUAAAGCACAUAAAAGGACGAGCGGCUUGCUAUUKGAGUUGGGCACCACUUGACGACGCCUCCUCUCAGAAAAUAUACUUUGGUGUGAUAUUUGUAAAUGUGCUGUGCAUACCAAUUCUCUUGAUUACARUACUUUAUACUUGGCUUAUCGCGUCUUUGAUGUUCAAGAAAAGUCUCUSCGAGCAGCCUUUAGCUAUCCGCCAACGAAGACGCAAGGAAGACRUUAGAGUGUUUCGUAAGGUGAUCAUUCUCUUACUGGUGUUCCUGGCUUCUUUGACGCCAAUAACUGUGUUUGCUUUACUAGCUUUCUAUUCGUGGGACACGCACACUCCUUGCGACAAAUGGAACCAUGCUUUUAUUUUUCAUUUGAUUUUUCUUUCGAACUCCGCCAUCAAUCCCUGCCUGUGCAUAUUUUUAAGUGAAAGUUACAGAAGUUGCUUCAAAACUGUUUUGCGUGGUGUGUCCAGAAGACUAACGUCGUUCAGAUUGACGCAGCACUCAACAGUGCAACAAGAGGAUGUUGAGCCCACGGGGGAAACAUGUCAGGAGUCAGCCGUCCAUAAAGAGUCCACACUUGCCAUUACGCAAGAAGAAAAUCAACGACUUCAUGAAGAUGAAGAUUUAUUUUAAAAAGUAGACUUUAAAACCGAAAUGAAAUUCAGGAAUUCUUAACGGAAAUGUUCGCAAAAACGCACUGGGUGGUCCGCGCUCCGCUGGUUGGUCMGCUUAAAAAAAUACUGCUAACUUUUUUGCUACAUCGUACAAUCUGAAACUUCAUUUGAGGAACUAUUUUCUUUUUGGAAUUUGUUUAUGUAUGUCUGCUAGUGAUUUAGAGUAGGGUUGGGUCACGUACAAAUCGUCCUUUACAACCAUCGGCUUCCCAACUAUUGCUUGAGAGAGAAAAGAACGAGCCGCGCACAAUUUUAUUUAUCUACGCGCGCUCUUAGAGAAGUGCGAGUUAAAUGUGGUAUUACGUCAUGCAUGAUUUCUUGGGAUCAACGACAUAGGCCGCCCAACUAUCACAUUAGAGACAAAAAAGAUCGACUGCGUACGCUUUUAUCCGCUUUUAUUAUGUAUAUGUAUCGGCGCGUGCUCUUAGCAAAAAUGCGGAUUACCUGUGGUGUUACGUCACGAUCCCGCGCCUCGCGAGUACUUUUUUGUCUCUAAUGUGAUAGUUGGGCGGCCUAUGUUAACGACAAACUAGUUUUUGAUCCCGCGAGGCAAGGGACAGGUAAUCCGCAUUUUCCUAAGAGCGCGCGCCCCAUUCAAUGUACUUAGCUCUAAAUUAGAAACACCGAUUUAUGUAAAAUAGACUAAACAAGUUWAAAAGAGACUAAAUGUUAUGAAAAACUUA